GAGAAGAAGAAGAAGAAUAAGAUGAAGUGCAUGUUAAUGGCUAUUAUGGUUCUCCAAAUGCUCUUCUCCCAUGUCUCAUCUCUCCACAGAACCCAAUUCCCAUCAACAUUCCUCUUUGGAGCUGCUACUUCUUCUUAUCAGGUAGCACGCUACCUGCUUCAUUCAUUGAAAAGGUGAAUUAGGCUACAGGGGUGAGGCAUCGAGGGCCUCGUGAACACGAAAAAAAAAAAAAAAAAUGUAGAUAUAUAUAUAUAAAGAGGGCAAUUAAGGAAGGUCUAUCCAAGAGUCAAUCAGGAACUUGAGCCUGCGCACCACAGUUACUGGGUCAAACUGUAUGCCGCGAAAGAUAGCGUCGUUCCUAGCUUUCCAAAUGGUCCACCAGCACGCUGCUAACUCGGGAAAAAUCUUAGAUGGGAGCAAUGGAGAUGUCGCGGACGAUCAUUACCAUCUCUACACGGAAGAUGUUGAGUUGCUUGAUUACUUGGGUGUUAACUCUUACAGAUUCUCCAUAUCCUGGGCAAGAAUACUCCCAAGAGGUCGAUUUGGAGAGAUUAAUCUCGAAGGCAUAGCAUUUUACAGUAACAUUAUUGAUGCCCUUCUACUCAAAGGAAUACAACCAUUUGUAACCCUCAAUCACUUCGAUUUCCCUUACGAAUUGGAACAUCGAUACGGCGCAUGGUUGAGCUCCGAAAUCCAGAAAGAUUUCGCCUACUUUGCGGAAGUUUGCUUCAACGCAUUCGGCGAUCGCGUGAAAUUUUGGACCACAUUUAAUGAGCCAAACCUACUGAUCAAGUUCAGUUACAUGAUUGGAGUGUUUCCGCCGUGCCGAUGCUCUAAACCAUUUGGUAAUUGCACUUCUGGGGAUUCUGCAGUGGAGCCUUAUGUUGUGGCUCAUAAUGUUAUACUGUCGCACGCAACCGCAGUUGAUGUUUACAGAAGAAAAUAUCAGGCGAAACAAGGCGGUUCAAUCGGGAUAGUUAUUGCGACAAAAUGGUAUGAACCACUGAGGAAUAUCACAGAGGAUUAUGCAGCGGCGCAACGAGCUUUAUCUUUCGAAGCUGCAUGGUUUCUGGAUCCUAUAAUCAACGGCGAUUACCCUGCGGAAAUGCGCGACAUCGUAGGCUCAAAUUUACCCGAAUUCACACCUGCAGAGCAGAGGCUACUGGAGAGCAAAUUAGACUUCAUCGGAAUCAAUCAGUAUUCGAGUACUUAUGUUCGGGACUGCAAGUAUUCGUCGUGCCAGUUGGAUUUCUACGAAGGAAACGCGCUUGUCUUCGCGACUGACGAAAGAGAUGGAGUACCAAUCGGAAAACCGACCGCACUCUCGGGGAUUUUUGUGGUUCCAUACGGUAUCGAGAAGGUGGUCAUGUACAUGAAGCAAAGAUACAACAACACGCCAAUGUACAUCACGGAGAACGGUUAUAGCCAAAAAGGUGAUAGUAGCACAUCAAUGGAGGAAAUGGUAAAUGAUAUUGAAAGAGUUGAAUUUAUACAUGAUUACCUAAGUUACUUGUCCAAUGCCAUAAGGCAAGGAGCUGAUGUGAGAGGUUAUUUUAUAUGGUCUCUUUUGGACAAUUUUGAAUGGGCAUUUGGUUACACUAUAAAGUUUGGACUUUAUUAUGUGGACUUUGAUUCACAAAGGAGAGCUCCAAAGUUAUCUGCUGAGUGGUACAAAAAAUUUCUCAAUGGUUCAAAUUUACCAAAAGUUAAAGAAGAUGAUGCAAAAUUAGUGUGUUCCAGUUCAUAGUCAAGGUGUAGUUGCUAUGGUCUUUGAAAAGAAAAUAAAAAGUUGUAUAAUAGUGCUACAUAUUUGAGAGCAUAUCUAUUUCUCAGUAAUGAUAUAUCUUGUAAGUUACUUAGUUAUGCAUUAAUUAUUAUUUCUUAAUUUUUAUGUAA